AUGUCGGACACGAUCAAGGAAUUCGUCGAGAUCCCGCAAAACUUCUUCCGUGAAGGCACCCACUUUGUCAACCGUUGCACAAAGCCGAAUCGCAAAGAAUACAUCCAGAUCUGCAGAGCGGUAGGAUUGGGUUUCGUCGUCAUGGGUUUCAUCGGGUACUUUGUCAAGCUCGUACGUACACUACUUUGCCGGCACCAGGAUCGGGUUUCUGCGAGCUCUUUUCAACGGUCGACCCUGUAG